UGGGUCACCGGAAAUAAUAUUCUCAAUAUAUGGAUGGCGGCCUCUAAUUUCUUGCCUGUGGUUGGAGCUUUCCUUUCUGAUUCUUACGCGGGUCGCUAUCUUAUGAUCGCACUUGGAUCCAUCUUUAGCUUGCUGGAUGUAAAUUUUAAUGGCUGUAGUACGACAUACUUAAUAUAUUCAUGUGUUAAAGAGCAUGAGAAAAGGUAGAGUCAAGCCUUGAGAGAAAUGGACGAUAAUUCAGAUGAAAUGGAGGAGAUGGAAGAGCCUUUGUUGGGCUCCAAGCAGGACUCAACAAAGGGUGGCUUCAGAACCUUGCCAUCCAUCAUUGGAAAUGAAGCAUCUGAAAGACUAGCAAGUUGUGGGUUGACAGCAAACAUGAUAGUUUAUAUGAGGGAUGAGUACAAAAUGGAUAUGGUCACCGGAAAUAAUAUUCUCAAUAUAUGGAAUGCCGCCUCUAAUUUCUUGCCCGUGGUUGGAGCUUUUAUCUCUGAUUCUUUUGUGGGUCGCUAUCCUAUGAUCGCACUCGGAUCCAUCUUUAGCUUGCUGGGGAUGAUAAUGUUAUGGUCAACAACGAUGAUACCACAGGCAAGGCCUUCUGCCUGCAUCCAGUCUAGUAGCAGCUGCAGCUCCUCUACAGCUUUCCAAGUUUUUUACUUAUGUUGUUCUUUUGGAAUUAUGUCCAUUGGUUCUGGAGGAAUCAGAGCGUCUUCCAUGGCCUUUGGCACAGAUCAACUAAAAGUGAGAGACAGCUCCAAAAGUUCAGUUCCUCUGGAGAGAUACUUUGGUUGGUAUUAUGCAACUACUAGCAUUGCAGUUUUAUUUGCCAUGUCUUGUAUUGUAUAUAUGCAAGAUCAUUUAGGGUGGAAAAUCGGUUUUGGGAUUCUUGUAGUGCUCAUGUUUGUAACAGUUCUUUCAUUCUUCUUGGCUUCUCCCUUCUAUAUCAAGGUAAAAUCUGAAGCAAACUUCCUAAUUAGUUUUGCUCAAGUAGCUGUUGCAACAUAUAGAAAUCGAAACACCUCUUUACUGUCAGAAAGCACAAGCAUGGCAUACCAUCACCAGAAAGGAUCUGCACUUAUUGUUCCAAGUGAUUAUCUAAGGUUUUUAAAUAAAGCUUGCACAAUCAGAUAUCGUGGGCAAUAUUCAAGUGCUGAUGAAAUCGAUUUAGACUCAUGGAACGUGUGUACUGUAGACCAAGUGGAGGACUUAAAAGCAGUAAUAAGAGUGAUCCCUCUAUGGUCUACAGGAGCUAUAAUGUGUGUAAAUUUAAAUCAGCCCUCAUUUCCAGUAAUUCAAGCAAGGUCUAUGGAUCGACACAUAACUUCCUGGUUUGAAAUCCCAGCAGGAUCUUUUGGCACUUUUAUCACACUAGCUUUUAUCCUAUGGGUUGUUGCUUAUGACCGCUUAAUUAUCCCCAUGGCAUCAUGGAUCAUCAGAAAGCCUGUCCGUUUAAGCCCAAAGCAAAGAAUGGGAAUCGGAAUAUUCCUGUCAAUAUUUGCCCAAGCAACAAUGGCAAUUAUAGAAUUUUUCCGCAGGGAAAUGGCCAUUGAAGAAGGAUUAUCAGGUGACACGGAUGCUGUAGUUAAAAUGUCAGCAAUGUGGCUAUUACUGCCGAAUUGUUUGAAUGGCAUCGCAGAGGCUCUUAAUAUAGUUGCGCAAAAUGAAUUCUUCUUCUCAGAGUUCCCUAGAAGCAUGUCCUGCGUAGCAUUGACGCUGCGAGGAGUUGGCAUGUCAGCUGGAAGUUUGUUAGCAGCUUUUAUAUUAUCAUUUGUUGAUAAAAUUUCAACAAGUGGUGGGAAUAUGAGUUGGGUUCCCAGCAAUAUUAACCAGGGUCGCUAUGAUUACUAUUACUGGGUUCUUGCUGGGAUAAGUGCUGUUAACCUUAUGUAUUUUGGCAUGUGUAGUUGGACUUAUGGACCGGAAGCUGAAGAAAGUAAGGUUAAUGUCAUUGAAGAUCAUCAACUUGCUAGCACUCACUCGUCAUAAUCUCAAUUUGUCAAAUGACUAAUUUUUGUCCAUUAUUAGCAUGAGUUAAUCGUAAGUUUGGAAAAAAAUUGUUACUCCCUCUA